CGCGUGCAUCUGCGGUGAGGCUUUGAUUCUCUUUGCGUAUCUGUGUUUCGUGUGGAUCUGCAUGCGUCAGCUCUUCAAUAUUCCGCUUUAAGAAUCGAUAGCAGCAAAGCUAACGAGUGACAGUUAUUCACAACGAUACACACAUCGGUUUUAAAAGGCGACUCCAUUGCCUCUAAGAAAAAUGCCUUACGGGAAACACCGUCGUUCGAUUACAUUCCAGAAUUAGAGGACCAAGACUAAGCUGCAUUUUCUAUGAUUACGUUUUGUACCCAAUCAGACUUUUUUUGCAUCACAAACCUGCCGUCCUCGUCUCCUGAAUCGUGUCUCCGACCGUCCCGCGAGGCGACUGCCUAUCAUGAGAUUCCGAAUUUACAAGCGAAAGGUGGUAAUCCUGACUCUAGUGGUUGUCAUCUGCGGAUUCGGCUUCUGGAAUAGCGGGAAACCGAAGAAGGCGAGCGCCGCCGUGCUUCCCAAAGAGCCGGAAACGGGGAAACGGAGUAGCGUUGGUGGUCAAGAACAAAUACACGUCACGAUCCCAGUAACACGUAAAACUAUCAACGAAACACUUCCGGAAAAACAACAACCAGUUGCCAAAUCUGAAACGGACAACACAACUCUGGUGUACAGAGGAAUCGUCUUUCAACUCAACUUCGACCAGACGCUAAGAAACGAGGAGAAGUUUCGUUCCACGCGCCAGAAGGACGACCUAGUCGUCGUCGUCCAAGUCCACAACCGUCCCGAAUACCUACGCCUCUUAGUGGACAGCUUAAGGAAAUCGAAAGGAAUCGAGAACAUCUUGCUGAUAUUCAGCCACGACUUCUGGUCGCCAGAAAUCAACCGGAUAGUCGCGUCCGUUGACUUCUGCUUGGUCCUUCAGAUAUUCUUCCCCUUCAGCAUCCAACUCUAUCCUCAAGAGUUCCCCGGGAACGACCCCAAAGAUUGCCCUCGAGACAUUCCCAAGAAAGACGCCUUAACCCUAGGCUGCUUAAACGCAGAGUACCCAGACUCCUUCGGACACUAUCGGGAAGCCAAGUUCUCGCAGACCAAACACCAUUGGUGGUGGAAGCUACACUUCGUUUGGGAUCGAGUCCGAGUCUUGAAAGAGCACCAAGGACUCUUAUUGCUCAUCGAGGAGGACCACUACCUCGCUCCCGACUUCUACCAUCUACUCAAACACAUGGUGUCCCUCAAGAAAGAGCAGUGUCCCGACUGCGACAUCUUGUCUCUGGGAAGCUACGGACACGUCGGAUACUCCAGCAAAGCCAAUAAAGUAGAAGUGAAGGCAUGGAAGUCCACCGAGCAUAACAUGGGAAUGGCGCUGGACAGAGAUACCUACCAGAAACUCCUCAGAUGCACCGAUGCCUUCUGCACCUACGACGACUAUAACUGGGAUUGGUCAUUGCAGCACCUGACCGUGACCUGCUUGCCCUCGUUCCUGAAGGUCAUGGUCUGCGAAGCGCCGCGCAUCUUCCACGCCGGAGACUGCGGCAUGCACCACAAGCAGUCGGCUUGCAUGCCCUCCAGCCAGAAGACGAAGAUCGAGAACAUCCUCCAUAGCAGCAAGAACCAGUUGUUCCCCAAACAGCUGCUCAUUACCAAGAGACUCCCAGCUUCCGGAGCCAAAGGAGUGGCUCCGCACGUCAAAAACGGAGGUUGGGGAGACAUCAGGGACCACGAACUCUGCAAGAGCUACCUUCGAUUGCAAUGACUUUGUAUUGUUUUUGUUGUUUUUGCAUCCUCUAAUGAAAGCCUUCAAGAGUUCUUUACGUACUGUUUCUUGCUAUUGCCUGUUUUAUUUGAGAUAUUCCAAAUAAAAAAAGUAUGUGACGUUUGGAUUUGGUGGUUACGAGCAUCAUUGAAGUAUUCUCAAUGAAAACAAGUGUUACCGUUGUCAUAUUAUCUGUUAUUAAACAGCAUUUCUGUGCCAUGUCGAA